UAGUAAAUUCACCCAUCUUAGCAAAUCUGUUCUUACUGAUAGUGAAUCAUUCACCUAGUGUAGUGUAAAGUGACUGCAAAAUGUUGGUGAGUAGUUAGAUGUAUGGAGAGAAGGCUGUCUUCAGCUUGGGUCUAUAGUAUCAUACUACUAUAGUACUUUGCAGAAGGCACCGUAAGCGUUUGAAAUAUGAAAUAUUCUGGCUAUAGUUAUUAUUUUUGAACUCGCAUCAUACAGGGUCCAGUAAAUAUUUAAAAAAAAAAGAAAAACUAAAUUCAUAUUUGCUGUGAGUUCUCUUUGCUGUAACAAUUCUCCUUGAUACACUUGCAAUUUACACCACCGGUCAAACGUUUUGAGACACGUUCUCAUUUAUUUGAAUGAGAAAGAGUCUCAAAACUUUUGACCAAGGGUGUACAUGUCACCUACAACAUAUGUGCCAAGCAACUCUAAGACAUUGCAGUCUUUAAACUGCUUGGUAUGUAGGCCGUUGCGUCCCCUGUCUCAGGAAAACCUGGAGAUAGCUUGGUAGCUUGGCCAUUCUUCCUAUUUCCCAGAAAAGCCAGCUGCACAGUAUACAUCAAAGCUGAGCAAUGUCCAUGUGUGAGGUUUUGAACCACAGUUGGAGCUGAAAUGUGGUAAAAAUCUUUCCUAAAUCACUUCACACAGCUUGCUACUUCAAUGCCAUGUACUUCAGACUUGUGCUGUGUUGAAAGUAGAAUGACCUUGGAAAAUUGCUGUUGCGACUUUUGGAGAAAAAUGACUUGGGUGAUCAUUUAGACAUGAAAUUGACACCUUAAGAUGGCAUUAGAUUAACAGGAAGGAGGGUGUGUCUGAAAGGGGCUAAGUAAGUAUUUUCGGGACUGUAGAUUUUACUGCAAACUUGUCUUUGUACAAUUUAACUUGUGAUGUCAAUUCUAGGAAACCUUAAGCAUUUUGUUUGCUACAACGUGUCUGUGUAUCCCAUAUACUCUGGAUGGAUCGGGAAUCCAGCACGUGCACGUGCAUAUGUGAAACAAAACGCUCCAAAAGAAGGCCCUACUGUCACUGUGACCCCAGGGCAUAAUGAGGCUAACCUGAAUUGGAGAGAGAUUCCCCAUCUCGAGCGACAAGGCUUUAUCACAAACUACACAAUAUUUUACACAAGUGGUGCUGAAACACAUGCAAUAACCGUGCCAGCUAACACCACCUCAUACACUCUGACAUCACUGUCAGCCAACACCAAGUAUGACGCUUGGAUCGAGGCUUCAACCAUCGGAGGCUCAAAAAACGGCUCUAAGUACUCUUUCACCACUCUGAAAUAUGCACCAGGAGAGAUCGAGGGCAUUGUGGUAGGAGUGAGCCUUGGCUUUCUGUUUGUUGUUCUCAUGAUGAUGCUGGUCUGUUUCUACAAAAAAGAAAUGAUCAAGAAGAACUUUUGGCCCCAGAUUCCAAACCCCGGAGAAAGCACUAUUGGAAACUGGUCUCCUGAUUAUCCUUUAAAAGCGGAAACACCAAAGGAAAACUGUCUAUCUGGCAUAAGUGUACUUGAUAUGGAUAUAUGUGAUGGAAAGUGUGUAAUGGAGGAGGACAAGGCCAGUCUACCCCUGAAGAAGGACAAGUAUCUGUCUGAGGAGCACAGCAGUGGUAUUGGCGGUUCCUCCUGCAUGUCCUCACCUCGCCAGAGUGUCUCUGACAGUGAUGAGGGUGGCGACAUGGCUGACACUACAUCCAGCACCAUUCAGUAUUCCUCUGUGAUUGCCUCCAGUGGUUACAAGGGUCAGACCCCUAGCUCUCAUCCCCAGCAGUCCAUUUUUUCAAGGUCUGAGUCCACACAGCCGCUGUUGGACUCUGAGGAAAAUGCCGACAUGGUGGUGCAGGAUGGCAGCAGACAAUUCCAGCAUUUCUCCAGACAGCCCUGCUGUACACACAAUACAGGGAACAAAGAAACCACUAACUGUGAUGACUUCAGCCAGUUGGCAGUGGAGCAGCAGGAGAUCCCGCAGUCUCUGGACUUCUGUUCUCUGGAAGAGGACAAUGAGCGGAUAGCACCUAAAGAUGAAUUGUCAGCUGACUGGCUGCCAACAGUACCAGUCUCCAGCUAUAUGCCUCAGCUGGGUGGCUACAGGCCACAGUAGGAACACAGACAGACCAGACUCAUGCAUUACCAACAUUUGCAUGUAAAUGUUUGGGCUUGCAUGAUCAAAAUUUUUGUCAGUGUAAAUGGCUAAGUGAGUAAAAGUGGUCUUGAUUCCCAUACAAAAUGACAUGUAAGAUGAUAUAUAUCUUUAAUAUUUUAAAGCAAGUUUGUCUCUUGAAGCUUCAAAAUACGAUAAAAACAAGAGGGCCUGAAGCAAAACACUGGUCACCCUGCACAGCCAGAACUCAGUAAGACCCUCUCUGUAAAGUAUCACAACGUGCGUUUUAGAAAUGAUUUUGUCUUCUACUCACUUAAAUUUUCACAGGAGCAGAUAUUUUAAACAAGCUUUUGCAUGCCUCUCUUCGCAAACGGUUUGGUGCAUUUGUUCAUGUCAUGCUUUCAUUUCAAAUAUUUUCAGCUCUGAUGAAAACUGUUGCAAUAUAUUUUCACACAUAACCAAGUAUACAUAGUCUAGGAUGAUUUACUCUGUAAAGUUAGUGUGAAUUAGAGCUUGUAAUAAUAGUUUGCUAGCUGUGCACUCAUGUGGAAACAUUUCAGCCAUAUAUUCAUUUUACAAUGAUGGCCAAAACAUAUUUGACAUGUGGCAAGUUUUGUUUUUACGACUGAUAGAAGUUUUAAACAUGGCAUGAGUAUGAGCCGCAAUUGGAGUGAAUGUGGCUGCAGCAGGCACUUCAGGAUGAUGUCUUCAAUUUGUGCUUCUUUUUCAGUUUGACAAGUAUCUUGCUGUACUGCCCUCUUUUGGAGGGCUGUCAACUCUGCAGGAAAGUUACAAUUUGUAACUUGGGCAUUGUCAUAAAAUGUAAAAAAGUAUAUUUUCAGUGUAACUAUAUAUACUGCACAUGAAUGUAAUCAGUUAACACAAGGUCAUGAUGACAUGUCUUUCUAACGGUAUGCCAGUUCAUGUUCACUAAAGUUUAAUUAGCUGCCUUUGAAAAUAAGAAAUUGGGAGGAAAAUGGCAUGUUCUUACUGUAUGUACGAUUACCUGGCAAGAUCACUGUUAUAUUUUUGUAUAUGAAGUCAGUGUUUUAUGGAAGCUAACAAAAGUCUCACUGUCAACUGAAACCCUUGGUUGCUUUUCAGCAUCGCUACAAUGUUAACUGUAAAUGUUACAUUUGAAUCAGUCUGUUUCAGAGCAAGCAUUACAUCUUCAUUUCUUCUCAUCUUACAGUGUUCAAAUACAGUGUUGAAUAUGCAGUACAGAAUAUACAAUCUCAAACAGCUGUGCUUUUCCUUUUAAUAAACCUUUGAUCACAGUCAUUGAUAAUGACAUGGUGAUAUGUUCAUGGAUUCUUGACAGUAAACAUGAGUCCAGAUGACCUGAAAAUGUGAUUACUCACUCUCUCAUCUCAACAGCAAAUAAUGACUUGCUGUGUUCUUCUGGACAGAGGUAUUAACUUGCCUGCAGAGAAUUUGAGAGGCAAACAUGCAAUAAAGUGUCAUGUUCCACGA